AAGGGCUAAAAAAAAUCUCCGAAAAUGAUAAUGGAUAAGCGCCCUUGCGUCUCUCCGACGAGCUUCUUCUCCGAUGCUUGAUCGGGAGUCCUUCAGCUGAAGGUCUUGGGAUUCAAGGAUCAUGGAGUCGUCUACAAUGAUCUGCAAUGGCUGGAGCUGGAGAGUGUCCAGUUUCCAGCUUCCCCUUCGCCGGAGGAGGGACGGUUUGAAGAUGGCCGCUGAUGGUGUGUCUUUUCUUUCGUCUUUGUCUUCUCGAGCUUCUUCAAUGGUGAAUGGUGGCAAUGAAUAUAAAAUCUCUUUAAAUCUCAGAGUUCAGGCUUCCCACAGUCACCGAGUGAAUUCAAGAGCUAUAGCUAUGAAUAGAGAUUUUCCACAGAAUACGGAUCUACCUCGGUACUACUCAAAGAAAGAGAAGAAGCCAUUUCCAGUACCUAUCCUUGAGUUGAGACGUGCAGCAAGACAGAGAAUAAAAGAUGCCAAGGGAAAGCCCAAGAAACCUGUUCCACCUCCCAGAAAUGGGAUGCUUGUUCGGAGCCUGAUACCAGUUGCUUAUGAAGUGAUGAAUGCUAGAAUCACAUUAAUAAACAAUUUGAAGAGGCUUUUGAAAGUUGUACCUGUGCUAGCUUGCAAGCAUUGCAAUGAAAUACAUGUUGGAUCGGUUGGCCAUCCGUUCAGGUCAUGCCAAGGCAUAAGGUCAGAUACCCGUAAUGGCAUGCAUGACUGGACGAAGGCAACAGUGGAGGAUGUUUUUGUUCCAAUGGAAGCCUUCCACCUUUUCGACCGCCUGGGUAAGCGCAUUGCACAUCAAGAGAGGUUUUCAAUUCCUAGGGUGCCCGCACUCGUGGAGCUGUGUGUCCAAGCUGGUGUUGACCUCCCCGACCUCCCCACAAAGAGGCGGAGAAAGCCUGUCAUCCGCAUCGGCAGGAGUGAGAUCAUCGACGCAAAUGAGGAUGACCUCCCGGACCCCAAGCCUGAUAGAUUCAAGAAACCAAUCCUUGCUGAGAUCCCAGAUUCCGAUGUCAUCCCACCAUCUACUCCAGAGGAGACCGCGCAACUCUCAGAGGACACACUUGAGGCAUGGGACACGAUGAGACAAGGGGCUCAUAAACUGUUGAGACGGUACGGUGUGCGGGUUUGUGGAUACUGCCCAGAGUUGCAUGUUGGGCCAAGCGGGCACAAGGCACAGAACUGCGGCGCUUUCAAACACCAGCAACGGAACGGGCAGCAUGGAUGGCAAACAGCAGUGCUCGAUGAUCUGAUACCACCGAGGUAUGUCUGGCAUGUGCCUGAAUCAUCACCGGUGUUGCAGCGCGAGCUAAGGAAUUUCUACGGUCAAGCACCAGCAGUUGUUGAGUUAUGUGUGCAAGGAGGUGCCGAAGUGCCUGACCGAUACAAACCAACUAUGAGGCUUGACAUUGGCAUACCGACGAGUUUGAAAGAGGCUGAAAUGGUUGUUUGAAUAUGUUCACUGAUCUCGCUGCAUGCACAUGAACAUUCUUUUGUGAAGUAUACAUAUCAAAGUUGUGGUUCUUGAUUGCUCAUUUUCGAGAAGCUUUUGUCGGAAUGGUUCGUUGGUUUUGCCAAUCAUUUUCCGGGAAGAUCAAGUUUAGGUGAACUCCGGAGUUAAUGAAUGUGUCACUUGUGAUAUGAAGCAUUGUUUGUAUCUUGGGGACUAAUUUACAUCGCUCUUAUUUUCUCAAUAUAUAUAUAUAUAUAUAUGUAUAUGCAUAAACUUUCUUGUUGAUUUAACUAAAUGGAUUAAUUAGAUAUUUA